AUGAAAUCUGAACUAUGUUCAUUUCAGCAAGCAGUUAAGAUCUGCAACAGUGGGGUUUAUAUUUUCACCAUCAAAGAAAGCCAAGUGACCUGUUUGCAGUUUGGAUUUCUGAGUAUAAGUCAGUUCAGAAAGGGGCUGUUUGCUGGCAUGAAGCUGAAGAAGAAGAAAAAAGGCGAGAAAGGGCUGACUAUUGCAAACAAAGAUGCACUGGGUGAUCAUGAUGAAAGUGCAAAUCUUCACCAUGACACUCUCAGAAGACAAGAAGAGGGAGAGGAAGACCUAAUGAACAGUGAUGCACGGUCCAAUGUUUUGGGAUCCUCAAGCCCAAAGAGGAAAAGGGCGAAGCUGGUGACCCGAAUUCACGGAGAGGAGCUGAAAUCCCAGAACUACCAGAUUGCCAUCACCAUCAUUGAGGCCAGACAGCUGGUGGGUGAGAACAUUGACCCUGUGGUGAUGAUCGAGAUAGGUGAUGAGAAGAAGCAAACGACAGUAAAGGAAGGCACAAACGCCCCUUUCUACAAUGAGUACUUUGUGUUUGAUUUCGUUGGACCACAGGUGUUCCUGUUUGACAAAAUAAUCAACAUCUCUGUUAUGCACAAUAAACUGAUUGGGAGUGUGCUGAUAGGCUCCUUUAAAGUAGAUCUGGGGACAGUCUAUAGUCAGCCAGGUCAUCAGUUUUGUGACAAGUGGGCGCUUCUCACAGACCCUGCUGACAUUAGGACGGGAGCCAAGGGAUACCUGAAGUGUGACAUCAGUGUGACUGGGAAAGGUGAUGCAAUACAAGCUGCACAGAAAACAGCUGAUACUGAGGAGCAGAUUGAAAAGAACCUAUUGAUCCCCAAAGGCUUUCCAUCUGAAAGACCAUGGGCCAGGUUUUAUGUGAGAAUUUACAAAGCAGAAGGACUUCCAAAGAUGAACUCUAGUAUCAUGGCCAAUGUCACCAAAGCUUUCGUAGGUGACAGUAAGGACCUUGUGGAUCCCUAUGUGGUGGUCAUGUUUGCAGGUCAAAUGGGUCGAACGACAGUGCAAAAGAGCUGUGCAGAUCCAGUAUGGCACGAACAGAUUAUUUUCAAGGAAAUGUUCCCUCCACUCUGUCGAAGAGUCAAAAUCCAGGUCUGGGAUGAAGGCAGCAUGAAUGAUGUGGCUUUAGCUACCCACUUCAUUGACUUGAAGAAAAUAUCAGAUGAACAAGACGGUGACAAAGGGUUUUUGCCUACCUUUGGGCCUGCCUGGAUCAAUCUCUAUGGUUCACCCAGGAACCACAGCCUCAUGGAUGACCACCAGGAGCUUAAUGAAGGUUUUGGAGAAGGGGUCUCCUUCAGGGGGCGUCUCUUCAUUGAGAUUGCUGUGGAGAUACUUUCAGGAGGAGCCCGUGAGUCGAAGUUUUCAAGUAUUAUCAAGGACAUCAAAUUGCCAUCUAAAGACUUCAAAGCACCCAAAGGAAAAGACAAAACUGAGAAAACAGGAGAGGAUCGAAAGUCACCUUCUUUUUCAGAUAAGAUGAACUCAACUGAAGUGGAAGUGGAGCCAUUCGAUGUGCCUUCAGAGAUCUAUGAAGAGAAACUUCAGGAAUUUCUCCUCUUUGGGACAUUUUUUGAAGCCACGAUGAUUGAUAGGAAGGUCGGAGACAAGCCAAUAACCUUUGAGGUUUCCAUUGGUAAUUUUGGAAAUAUUACUGAUGGGGUGUCAGCAGGAGCUGGAGGGAAAAAGAAGUUACAUGAUGGAGAAGCAGAAGAAAGCUUGCUACAUGAGGUGGAGGGUGAAAUUUCGUACAACCUUGGAGUACCCCUGAUAUCCACCACCCCCCCCGAGAAGCCACUGAUCACAGGUGGGAACAGGAACUAUCAGUACCUACCGUAUGAUGAGAGGAAGCCCUGUAUCUGUGUCAAGAGCUACUGGGGUGACCAGACCUUCCGUCUGUACUCUGCCAACACUCUGGAGAAAAUGGCAGAUCACCUGGAAGAAUCAUUAGAGCAAGUAAAGGACUUGCUCAAGGUUUCAGAGAUAGCAUCUGAGGAGAAAAUGAGGACAACCCUAAAUUAUUUUAUCAAUCAAAGCAGGGCCUUCAUUACCAUUGCUGAAAAGAAGCCCAAAGGGCUGAACUACACUGCUUUGGACAAAAAGAGACUCAUGCUGUUCAAGCAACAGCUGGAAGCAAUGUCCAGUGACGCCAAGGGAAUUGUUCAGCAACAGAAAAAGAAGAUGUCACUGGAUGAAAUGAUGCGUGAGACUCAGAGCUUUAUAGAUAAAAUUCGAUUCUUGGUUGAUGAGCCACAGAAUACAGUGCCUGAUGUAUUCAUCUGGAUGCUCAGCAACAACAAGAGACUUGCGUAUGCAAGAGUCCCAGCAAAAAACAUCCUCUAUUCCCCAGUGAAAGAACAGAAAGGCAAGGACUGUGGGAAGAUUAAAACUCAUUUCCUGAAAUUACCAGGCAAGCGCCCGCUGGGCUGGACUGUGCAGGCAAAGGUGGACGUCUACCUAUGGCUUGGACAUGCCAGCUAUGCCUACAGCAUCAUGGAGAAUUUGCCUGUAGGAUAUGAGACUGAAUUAUCAUCUAAGACCAACUCAGGGCACAGUGCGGUGCCCUCACCUGCCUGCCUGCUGUAUAAAACCCCGCACCUCUUCCAGCUGAGAGCCCACAUGUAUCAGGCAAGGGGGCUCAUUGCAGCUGACAGCACGGGACUUUCCGAUCCAUUUGCAAAAGUUACUUUCACAUCACGCUGCCAGACCACAAAGAUCAUUUCUCAGACGUUAUCCCCCACUUGGAACCAGAUGCUGCUCUUCAACAGCAUUGUGCUUCAUGGUGACCGGGAGGAGAUUGCUCAGUUUCCACCAGAGAUCGUCAUCGAGCUGUAUGAUGAUGAUGCAGUGGGUAAGGCAGAAUAUAUUGGGUCUACAGUGGCUGUCCCUGUGGUGAGACUUGCUGAUCAAAACUAUGAACCACCUAAACUUUCUUACCACCCACUGCAUUGUGGAAAUAUUUCAGGAGGAGACCUUCUUGCUACAUUUGAGCUUCUGGAGAUUCCUGAGUCGGGCCCAGACAGACUUCCCCCACUUGAUCCACCAGAUGUUGGCCAGAUUUACACAGUCCCAGCUAAUAUCCGACCAGUUUUAAGCAAGUACAGAGUGGAGGUCCUGUUCUGGGGUGUUCGAGAGCUGAAGAAAGUCCAGCUUCUCUCUGUAGAUCGCCCCCAGGUUCUCAUCGAAUGUGCAGGGAAAGGAGUGAAAUCCUCUGUCAUCCAAAGCUACAAGAAAAAUCCCAAUUUCAGUGGCCUUGCAGACUGGUUUGAAGUGGAGCUGCCUGAAAAUGAACUUUUGCAUCCACCACUAAGCAUCUGUGUGGUUGACUGGAGAGCGUUUGGGAGGAGUACUCUUGUUGGAACACAUAACAUCAAUUGCCUUAAGCAAUUCCUGUGUAAAACUCAACUGGGUCUUGAAGCUGCACCAAACAGACUAGACGUUGUAGAAACUGAGAGAGUUUCACCUGAGUCAUCCCAGUCUGCUGAGUUACCCCAAGAAGAACCAUUUUCAGCUGAUUACAUCUAUGCCGAGGUGGAGCAGGGUAAAUGUACAGUGGUAGAGCCAGACCCAUAUCUCACAACACGUCCUGCUACUGAACCAGAGUACUCUGCCUCUGAACCAGGAAAAGAGAGAAAACGGAAGGAUAUGAAAAAAUCUAUCCGACGGUCAACAAAGAGGAAAAAAAGAACAAUUGCAGAUGAAUCAGCUGAAAAUGUUAUUGACUGGUGGUCCAAAUACUAUGCUUCUGUGCUCAAAAUGCAAAAGGCAAAAGGAAUUUUUUCCAGUGAGGGAAAACCUGAAGACAAUAAGCAGACUUUGGACCACAUUGCAUUGAUCAUAGAAGAGGAGCCAGAAAAAAAGAAGGAUAAGACAUUGAAAAGGAAACAGAAAGAAACUCCAAACCUAGCAACACUGCAGAUUUAUGAAGGAGACUUGGAGAGUGAAUUUAAUAACUUUGAGGACUGGGUGAAAACUUUCCAGCUUUUAAGAGGAAAAUCUAAUGACGAAGCUCAUGCUGACUCUGGAGACAGAAUAAUAGGAAAAUUUAAGGGCUCUUUCUGCAUAUACCCAAGUCCUGAGGAUGGCAGCUUGUUGGAUGGAGGGCAGCCCCGCAUUCUGCAAGGAAUACCACCAAACCACUUGGUCAAAGUCCUCAUCAGGGUUUAUAUUGUGGCAGCGUUCAACCUCAGCCCAGCUGAUCCAGAUGGCAAGUCAGAUCCCUACAUUGUGCUGAGACUGGGCAACACAGAAAUAAAAGACAGGGAAAAUUACAUCCCCAAGCAGCUAAAUCCAGUAUUUGGAAGAUCAUUUGAAAUACAAGCUACAUUCCCCAAGGAUUCCUUGCUCACAGUCCUGAUCUACGACCAUGACUUCGUGGGAACAGAUGAUCUCAUUGGAGAGACUAAAAUUGAUUUGGAAAAUCGUUUCUACAGCAGGCAUCGAGCUACCUGUGGGCUACAAAGUCAAUAUGAAAUAGAAGGGUACAAUGCAUGGCGAGAUGCAACCAAGCCUAGUGAGAUCCUCACUAAGCUGUGUAAGGACUACAGAAUAAAUGGACCCUUCAUGCGGCCAGGGGAGAUACAAGUAGGAAUGAAAGUCUUUAAGGGACAGACAAUCUUCACAGAAGAUGACAAUGAGGAGCCAGUUGAAUCGUAUGAACAUCUCUCCUUAAAGGUUUUACAUGCUUGGGAAGAAAUCCCUGGAGCUGGAUACAAACUGGUACCAGAGCACAUUGAGACUCGGCCUCUCUACCACAAGGAUAAGCCAGGCAUGGAACAGGGGCGUGUACAGAUGUGGGUCGACAUGUUUCCUAAAGACAUGCCUCUGCCAGGACCCCCAGUGGACAUUUCACCAAGAAAGCCCAAAGGCUACGAACUGAGGGUAAUAAUCUGGAAUACAGAGGAUGUAAUUCUAGAAGAUGAAAAUAUCUUCACGGGGCAAAAAUCAAGUGAUAUCUAUGUAAAAGGAUGGAUAAAGGGCCUGGAAGAGGACAAGCAGGAGACAGAUGUACAUUACAACUCCUUGACAGGAGAGGGUAACUUCAACUGGCGCUUUGUGUUCCCGUUCCACUAUCUCCCAGCAGAGAAACAAGUGGUGGUUAGUAAAAGAGAAAACAUAUUUUCCUUGGAAAAGUCAGAGCGCAAAAUACCUGCUGAGCUGGUUCUUCAGGUGUGGGACUUUGAAACCCUCUCUUCAGAUGAUUUCUUGGGCACGCUUGAACUGAACCUGAAUGGAUUCCCUCGAGCAGCAAAGACAGCCAAGAGCUGUGACCUAGACAUAGUUGUGGCAGCAAGUGCAGAAAACAAGAUCUCCAUAUUUCAGCAGAAGCGCGUCAGGGGCUGGUGGCCUUUUAUCAAAGCUGGGGAGCUCACGGGCAAGGUGGAAGCUGAGUUUCACCUAGUCACAGCAGAAGAAGCUGAGAAGAAUCCUGUAGGAAAAGCUCGAAAGGAGCCCGAGCCCUUGGAAAAACCACACCGACCAGACACAUCCUUCUCUUGGUUUGUAAAUCCUUUCAAGUGUUUGUAUCACCUGAUCUGGAGAAAUUACAAGAAGUACAUCAUCAUCGGCAUAAUUCUGCUUAUACUCACUGUCUUCCUGGUGCUCUUCAUCUACACACUGCCAGGUGCGAUCAGUCAUAGGAUAGUUCUAGGAUGAGCGUAGGUUAUGGCUCUCACUGUAACCAAUCAUAUACAAACACUCCAGUUAAAAAUAAAAUUCAGGCAUACAGAAUUAAUCAACCUGAAACAUCUCAUUCCUUGUAAAAAGAAAACAUAACUAUUCUUACCAGAAACUGGAACUCUCUUGGAAUAUUUUAAUGUCUUCUUUGGCUGCUCAUUCAGACUCAGCCUUAAUGUACAUCUUCAUUAAUAUACUGCUGCAGCUUCAUUGAAAAUGGAAGUUUGAUUCUGCACCUGAAACUGAGUUUGAAAGUAAAUUCCUCGAUGCUAUGGAGAAACUGAUUUCUCAGUCAAGUGUUUAUUACAGACA